AUGGGUGACCAAAAUGGUCGUCUCGACUCGCCACUGAGCAGUCAAGAAGCUGAGAAGUCAGCCAGUCCGCCGAGUCUUGACCGAAGCCGCGAAAGUGAAGCAUUCAGAUCAAACUCAUCCAGUCCAUUAUUAAAUACCGAGCCGUUGCCACUAGAUGACCAAUCACAUUGCCCAUAUUGUCACAAAGACUUCAGAAAGCCCAGAGUACUGGAUUGUCUUCACUCGAUGUGUGAGGAUUGUAUAAUAGCGCAGUUGGAUGGCCGACGAGAUGCACAGAAAGCAUCCGAUCAAGCCAACAGAAAUCCUACCGACUGUGAACUGGAAACACCGAAAUUAAAAGAACGUCCCACACCUCCGGGAGUGAUUCGCUGCCCGAUAUGUGCACAAGAAUCGCAUGUUGGUAAUGAUGUGAGAUACGUGCACACAAUGCUUCUAGACUAUGUGCGAUUAGCUGAGAAUGAAGAAGCUGUGGGCGAGCGACGAUGUCGUGCGUGUAAAUCGGAACAGCCGGCGAUUGCGGUGUGCAAACAGUGCCAGUCAGAUUUGUGUUCGAACUGUCUCACGGCUCACGGUGUGAUGCGCAUGUUCGAGGGACAUGAGGUGAUGACGUAUGCUGAAAUGGAACAACGUGGUCAGCGUGGAGAAGUACGUCCUGUGCAAUGUCCAACACACUCCUUACCGUACAAGAUGCUAUGUGCUACUUGUGAAACGUUGUGCUGUAAGGUGUGCCUUGAAAUGGAACACCUUAAUCAUAAGGUGGUGGAAGUGAAUGCGAGAGUUGUGUACACCAUUCAGUCUGAAAUUGAAAAGCUGGCUGAUAAAGUGGAGAAAAAGUGGCGUGAUUCGAUGGCGGAGUGGAGUGCAAUACCAGAUCGCUCAGCAAGCCUUCACGAACAGUACGAAGCAGCUAAGGUUCAUGUUGAAAUGGCAUUCGAUGAUUUGUUGAAAGCACUGGAGGAGGCGAAGACAAACAAGCUUGCACAACUAGAAGAAACUCGCCAAAAACAAGAAGUUGCUAUUGAAGAUCUAUACAGAAAGAUGAACUUGAAUGAGGCUAGAGUAAGCGAUGCUCUAAGAUUUGCACGCAAUCUACUUUCAAAAUCAAACGGAAUGGAGCUUCUAGCCAGUCGCCGCAAAGUUGUACAGCAGCUCAAUAAUCUUGCACAUACAAUGCCAGCUUUGGGAAUUCAGGUUGAGCUUGAAUAUCAGCCAUUAUCGAAGAAGCAACUGGACACUCAUAUGAAUGCGAUUUGUGGAAACGUUAUAGGUCGAAUGGUGUCAGCAAAUGUAAAAGAAACCAUAACUGUGCAGCAACCAACCGCACAGCAAUCUCAACAGCCCGCAGGCGAUUUUGCUCAGAAUAGAUCGAAUUCAACUGUGUUACCAGGCGUAGCAGCGGAUUGGGGACGCCCUCUUACCAAUGGUCAUGGAUCGAGCAGUGAUCUAGGAGCGAUUGGAGUGGAGAGGAAAAAAACCAGCACCUCUUCGACAUGGGGCGCAUUGCCUCCAUCACGUAUUCCUGGCCCUGGAGGAGAUGCGUUCGGCUGGCCGCCAAGCAGUCAUCCACCAGAUUUGCCGUCUCCUUCGCCUCCUAUCCCACUUAAAGAUGUUGCACCCCCAAGUUUCACCGUGGGUGGACCAGGCGUAAUUGGGCAACCAGCAAGCACAAAUGCGACAGUAACAUCAGCAGGAGGGAAUCCUUUGCUUACCGGAGCGUCAGGCACAGCUUCAAUGAUCUACAAUAACUACCAAUGGCCGCCGUCCUCGAAUCCAGCUCAGGCGGCAGCAGAUCUUCGUCUCUUCCCUCCUAUGUCCCAUCCCUCGUCGGUUGUUGGAGCAAAUCAGCUUAAAUUGGCUCAAGCUCAAGCACAAGCGGCACAGCUCCAAGCACUUCUCUUACAGAAUAACGGUCUAGGAAAUCCCAACUUGCUAAUGCAGGCGCGACUUAGAUCAUUAGCACCCGGUGUGGAUCCGCUUCUUGCUCUUGGAGGAUUGUCGCUUGGACCCGGUGAAGGAGGUGCACUCCUUGGUGGGGCCGCACAAAGGACUUCACCACAGGAGUUGCUUAACCCGACACGCGUACCCGAGCUGAAGAUACACAGCGUGUUCGGUACGAGUCAGCAAGGAAGUUCGAUGCGCGAGCUGCACUGUCCUUCCGGUUUCUGCCUUUCUGAAAGUGACGAUAUCCUGAUUGCGGACACCAAUAAUCAUCGCAUUGUCGUAUGUGGACCUCCGCACCCGUGGAAGAUAGGAAGACCGGGGACAGAUGAUGGCCAACUGUGCUUCCCUCGCAAGGUGAUUGCUCUAAAAGGUGAUGUCACAAGAUAUGCCGUUCUUGACAAAGGGGUGGAUGGCAAAACAAGAGCUCAACUGUUCGAUCAGCGUGGAGAAUUCAUCAAACGCAUCAAUAUGGUCCCUCUGGUGCCUCGUGGAGGUAUUGAAGUUUCGGCUGCUUCUUGCACUUCGUCUGGACAUUUACUUUUGGUGGAUACCAGCGGAGUUGUUUACUGCAUUGACGUGGAUGUGCCCAGAGUUGUGUUCUGGUUCGAUGCUGCUACGCAUCUUGGAGAGGCAAGUGAUGUUGCCAUCUAUGAGAAGAACGUCUACAUCACCGAUUUCAAGCAUCACUGCGUCCAGGUGUUCAACACAGAUGGUCAAUUCAUACGCAAAUUGGGUGAGCCAUCUCAGACUCCGUAUCCGAUCGGUAUCGAUGUGUCGAAGAAUGGAGAUGUUCUCGUCGCUGAUACUCAUGGAAAUCAUCUUCAUGUGGUUGUGUUUACAGCUGAUGGGACUCUCCAGCAAUCAUUCACACAUAACGAGUUCAGGCUCUCGCGCUGCGUUGGUCUUCGUGUGGCUGGUAGUGGUCAUGUCGUCACCCUCUGCAAGCAUAAUCACACACUGUUCGUCUUCAAACCACUCUACAUUCUUGUUAUGAAGACUAAUUUGCACGAAGAGGCGCAAAAUGUUCUUAACGAUAUGAAAUGGUUCAUCGUGGAUGUAGAAGAAGAGAAGAGACUGUUGGAAGGUGUUGUGAGUCGGUUUGCUGCUAGCGGUGAAGGCACAGCAUGUGUAGUCGUAGGUGAACCAGGCAGUGGUCGUACGACUACUGUGAAAAAUGCAGUUCAACAAUUUCAGUUAGAUGCAGAAUUGCGGAUUAUCAGCGUAGCCCAACUUGGUUCUGAUAAGAAUGCCCUUGAGCUGUUGACCGCUGGAAAAGACAUGAAAAGAUGUGUACUUGUUGUGGAAGAUGCGGAUGAGUUGGCAUCACGUCAACGGCAAUCGCUUCUCUAUCUGUUACUUGAUACGACUAGAAAGAACUGUGAUCAUCAAUGGAUGGUUUUUCUUAUGGUUCAGCAACAGAACUUUAUAACAUCACUAGAGAAGAGAGUGCGAUCACGUUUAUCAGCUGCUCGCAUACUGUUUCAUCCAGCCACAACAAUAGAAGAUUACAUGACAGCAUUCUGGAGAUUUCUGGGCAAGGAAAAGGACGAGAGGUCUGAAGAAUGGAAGAAAUUCGUGAUUGAUCUUUCCUCUGAUCCUACUGUGAUAUCUGAGCUAAAUUACAUGUUCUCGGCAAAUGGAUCAUACUUUUUGUUGAAACAAUUGACAAGUGCAUUUUUGUGUCUUUACCUGACAAACAAAGGAGAUCUAGCAGCACCGGAACUUUUUGCCGAAGCAGUGGAGAUGAUAAUGCCUAGCAGGCAUGAAUCGGAGUACAAAGUUAAAUCGUUAUCAAUGUGGUCACUGUGCGUGCUCCUAUGCGUUUAUCGACGUUUGCGUUCAUGUCCCCAAUCUGCCACUGUGGGAUAUAGGAAAAUUCUACAAGAUUUUCGUCGUGUUGGUAAUACGGUAGAUAGCCGAGUUCGUAUCCCAUCCGAUUUGUCAGUAUAUAAGGAACUGGAUCGUCUGGUCGAAUUAGGCCUGCUAGAAGCGAACACCAAGACUACUAACAUGGUGUUCAGACGUUGUUCGUUGAACAUCAACAUACAAAGUCUCGGGACAAUUCUGCGAGAUAUCAAACUCCCUGCGGCUAUUGAAUACUGGUUUGAGACGCAAGCAGUUGAGUAG